GUUCUGGAUCCAGACUGGAGCUUGUGUAAAUCCUAGUUACCACGGGAUGUAAAUCCCAUGGCAAAACAGAGAAACAAAUAGAGACACAUGUUAUGCCUUGUCAUGCAAACAUACUGAGUAAUAAAGUUUAUAAUAAUGUCAUUUCCUUACAGCCAAAGCUUUCACAUCAUCAGACUCAUCUGGUCUUGCUGGCACUAAUUGAAUUGGCUCGGCUCAGAGCCGGUGCUGACAUGACACAUGAACAGGCAGGCGGAUGUUGGACCAACACAUCGCUAUAAUACUCAUUACUGCUCUCCGCCUCAUUGUUUUCUCUCUCUCUCAUUUUUCCUUUUUAUGCAGUGGCCGAGAAGGUCAGUGGGAUUUAGAGAGGAUGGUUUUCUCUAUUGAAGAUGCACAGUCAGGUGAGAGGAGGGCGCUUCGCUCUAAGGGGUUGCCCUCGCCGGCUCUUUGCUGUGCUUGUGGGCUCUGCAUCAUGCUGGCGGGCAUUAACAUUACCCUGGUGGGCGCUCUCGCUUUUACCAAACUCCUGCCCGUAAACAACCCUCCCAUCAUCAUCGGGCCCAUCCUCCUCUUAGUGGCCUUUUCAUUCUUUGGAGCGUGUUGCACCUGCAGUCGACGACCCAUCAGACAAGGCUCUCACAUGUCUGCUGGACGGGACCAUUGGCCAUUGAUGAGGAUGGGCAGAGCCGUGUUCGAGAUGGAGACCAGUGAGCCCACCCUACAGGACACCACAGCCAUUCAGCUCAGUCCAACAAACUCUUCAAGCUCCUCCCCCCACUGCAGCCCCAUCCACCUUCCUGUUCCAGCUCUGCUCCACUCUUAAGAAACCUAUAAGUGCUCAAAGGGAAAUUAUGUGAGUUUACAAAACCCCAUAGUAGAUGAUUCAUACUCAUAGAUUGGAUAUCAAACUCUUUGAAUUUUCCAAACGUCCAUGGUCACAUCACGGUCUUAAAAUGAGAUGUUUCUUAGUGUGAAUGAGCAGACAUAUGAUAGACCACUUUGGGAUGAAUUAUAUGAUGGAGGCAGAUCAACCUUAUUCUGCAAGAUCGCAGUGGAAAUGCUUGAUUUUAUUUAAUUACAUGAAUCUUCAGAUUUUUUUCUUAUCAUGCAUGCAUAUAUUUUCCAUUUCCCUUUUUUGCACGCAUAUCACAUGUAUACAAUAUAAUGCGAGAGUCUUUGUUAAAGAACGCUCCAGUUACUGACAUAACCUCUCAGGGAACGAGCAUUGCGUGAAGACGCAUUUGGGGAAAACUUCUGUUUUACUCUAUACUGAAGCCUGAUUUGUUCGUGUUUGUGUAGAUGCACAAACCAAUGGCGCUUUAGUCCACCAGAAAGGGUGGAGCCGACCCCUAUAUAAGUUGGCUCAGAGAGUCAUUCAUCAGAUCAUUCAACUGAAGCGACAGUCAUUGACUCGCAUGCAGCUCAUAGCACUGCAAGUGAUGCAACGCUCAUUCCCUUAUCUCAGGGAACCAAGAUCACGUCAGUAACCAGAACAUUCCCUUUCGAACGGUCUAUCCAAUUGCGUGAAGACGCAUUUGGGGAACGCCUCCAAUCAUGCCAUGCUAUGAGCUUACACAGAAUAACCUGCUCUGCGAGCCCAGUUUUGGAGUGCUAAUUAGGGCCCCUAAGAACAUGAGCACAUUGUGCCCCGAGCUAGUAGCUGAGAAGUAUGAAUAUAACCAGCUUCGCCCCAGGGGCAGGGACAUCUAAGUUGUAAAAUCUGGCAAAUGUGGACUGCGGCGACCAGCUGGCAACCGCACAAAUCUCACCAAUAGAAAUUCCACUAGGCCAUGCCCAGGAGGAGGCCAUCCCCCUUGAGGAGUGGGCCCUCACACCUAAAGGGCACUGCAAGCCUUCUGAGGCGUAAGCCCAGGCUAUUGCAUCUACAAUCCAGCGAGAAAGUCACUGCUUUGUGGCUGGCAGUCCUUUAUGGCGGCCUUCAAAGCAAACAGAAAGCUGCUCUGACUGUCUAAACAGGCUAGAGCGCUCUAGAUAUACUCUCAGAGCCCUCACUGGACAGAGCAGGUUUGGAGUCUGCUCACCAUCUGUAACGGAUUUAACAUUUUUAGAAUUUUACGUAAAUGUACAUUUAAUCAGUUUAGGAAAAUAUUGUCCUUCAUAAAGUUAAAAAGUGUAAUUGCAAUCAAUUUAAGGCAAAUAUCACAAAUAUGCUGAUUAAAGUAAUAACCGAUAGAGCACUGAAGAGACUAUUGCUUCAGAAUAAAUUACAUUUGCGUCAAAAAACAAAUAAACAAAACAAAAAAACUUUUUUCCCCCCAGACAAGUAACUUUUUUACUCUGACAAGUGAAUUACUGAUUUACUUGCACGUCAUAGCUUAAUGUCGAGCCCUGCUAAUAUCAAAUGCUAGUGAAUUCAAGCAUCACAACACUGUAAUGUACAGUUUGAAAAAUGGAUAUUCAUUUUGAGAUUCUGUAAACAUUACAUUUAACGGUGUUAUUAAAGAUUAAGCAAGCAUUAGCUGAUGGUAAAUGUAAUAUAACUGUACAAAGGAGAAAAUAAACGAAUUUAAGAUUAAUUACUGACUGAUGUAGAAAAAAAAAUACUGUCAACUGAUAACAUCUAUGGUUCAAAUAUAUGUUGCACCCUUACUUAAAUCCACAAAUAUAACUAGUGUAAAACAAGAAAAUAUGCCCUCUGUUGUUUAAUUUUGUAUAUCAUAAUUAAUAAACAGAAUGGACAUUUCAAA